UCUUUUCUUGUUCAUCAGUUUUGAGUAUUAAUAAUUUGAUGGCAGCUUAUAGUGCUGUAAUUUCUCUUCUUCAAACUCUUGUUGAUCAACAAAAUAUUCCAGAACUCUUUCAUGUUCACACUGCCCAAACGCUUGAUUCUCUUUAUGCUACUGCUGAAUAUUUUCAACAUGUCCUUGAAAAUAUUCGCAAGAGUAGUAGAUUUGCCAGUGAAAAGAUCAAAUCUUUGGAGGACAAAAUAAGAGUUAUUAGUUAUGUAGAAGAUGUUGUUGAGAUAAAAAUUUCUCAAAUUAUCAAAGGCUCAAGCAGGACAUUUGGAGUUUUACAACACCAGGGUUUGCUACCACUUGUUGAAAAAAUGGAUACAAUAAAGAAACAAGUGAUGGAGAUUCUUUCUCAUGAUGCUGAUCAAGUUCUUGAAUUAUCUGAGGAUUCCUUGAUUGACACUUCUUCUACAAGUUAUCCAAUGUUGGAAGAUGAUAUUGUGCACGGACUUGAUGAUGACUUGAAGAUAAUAGUUAAAAGAUUGACAGGACCACCGUCGGAUCUAGACAUUGUCACAAUAUCAGGCAUGGGUGGCAUUGGCAAAACAACACUCGCUAAAAAAGCUUAUGAUCAUCUAACAAUCAGGUAUCACUUUGACAUUCUGGCCUGGGUUACAAUAUCUCAUGAAUUUAGGUGUAGAAAUGUGUUUUUAGAAGCUUUACGUUGCAUUUCAAAGCAAACAGAUAUUGUGAAUACAAAAGAUUAUGAUAAGAUGGAUGACAAUGAGUUAGCUGACCUAGUACAGAAAAAGCUAAAGGGUCCAAGAUACCUUGUUGUUGUUGAUGAUAUUUGGAGUAGGGAUGUUUGGGAUAGCUUAAGAGGAAUAUUUCCUGAUUGUAACAAUAGGAGUCGAGUCCUAUUGACUACUAGGGAAACUGAGGUAGCAAUGUAUGCAAAUACUCGUAGCCCUCACGAGAUGAGCCUUUUGAGUUCAGAAAACGGUUGGAGGUUACUUUGUGAUAAGGUGUUUGGACCAAAACAUGAUCAUCCUCCUGAAUUGGAAGAAAUUGGAAAGGAAAUAGUAGAAAAAUGUCAAGGACUACCCUUAACAAUUUCAGUGAUUGCGGGACAUCUUUCUAAAAUGGCCAGAACAUUAGAAGAUUGGAAGAAUGUUACCCGAAACUUAAGUGAAAUUAUUGCUAGUCAUCCAGAUAAAUGCUUAGGAGUGCUCGGUUUGAGUUACCACCACUUGCCUAAUCGCCUCAAAGCUUGCUUUCUUUCUAUGAGUAGUUUCCCAGAGGAUUUUCAGGUUGACACUCGGAGAUUGAUCCACUUAUGGAUUGCAGAAGGUUUCAUAAGGACUUUUGGAAAUGGUAAAUGUUUGGAGGAAGUGGCAAUGGAUUAUUUAAAGGACCUUAUUAGCAGGAACUUGAUACAGGUUAGAAAAAGGAGAUUCAAUGGUGAGAUAAAAGCAUGUGCAAUGCAUGAUCUACUGCGUGAGUUCUGUUUGAUAGAAGCUGAAAUGGCAAAGUUUAUGCAUGUUGAGAGAACUCACCCUUCUCUUCCAAGACAAAAGCAUAAUGUUUGUCGCUUCAGUUUUCAAACAAAAUUUUAUUCAGUUGAUGAUUGUUGUAAGCUAUUACCCCCUAUUUCCAGAUCUAUCUACUUAUUUUCUCACUUGGAUUUACCUUUUUCACCCUGUAUUAAUCUUCUUGGGCUAUUUCCCAUCUACCGCCGUGAUCCUAUAAUACUUGAAUUUUUCUCUCGUUUCAUCCUUCUCAGGAGACUUCCCAUCUACCAUCGUAUAAUACAUGAAUUUUUCUCUCGUUUCAACCUUCUCAGGGUAUUGGUCAUCUUCAAUAAUGUUUUAAUGUUAGAAUCAUUUCCACUUGUGAUUACAAAGUUGUUUCAUUUGAGAUAUCUCCAAGUUCGAUUUGAUGGAGAUAUUCCUGAAUCAAUCUCAGAGCUUCAGAAUUUGCAAACUCUAAUUUGUAGUGGUAAUUCUUCGUAUAGAACUUUACCUGAGAAUAUAUGGAUGAUGAAGAAGUUGAGGUAUAUAAGUCUGUCUAGGAGAGCCACUUAUUUACCCAGUCCUAGAAGAGAAAGUAUUCUAAAUAAGCAUGUUGGGAUGCCAAAUCUAGAGGAGCUUUCUGGUCUUUGUUACACCAGUUGUACAAAAGAAGUCUUUUCUGGCAUUCCCAAUCUAAAGAGACUGAUCAUUCAUCUGCCUUUUUUCUCAUUCAAGAAUUUUCCCAAUUAUUGGCUCAUGGAUUUGUCUAGCUUGAGAAAACUCGAAGCAUUCAAAUUUUGCUGGGACUUUAAUUUGUUUUACCCCAUCAAGAGUUUUGUUCUUCCAACAUCACUUAAGAGGUUGACUUUAGCUAAGUUUUUGUAUUUUCCUUGGGAAGACAUAUUAUCAACUGUUAUCAUGUUGCCUAAUCUUGAAGAGCUCAAACUCAAACAUUGUAUAGCCAAGGAUUUUGUAUGGAGAUUGAGUGAUAAAGACAAGUUCAAAAGCUUGAAGUUGUUGUUACUGAGUAACACAAAUCUUAAGCGUUGGGAAGCUAGCAGUGAUAACUUCCCAAAUCUAAAACGCCUCGUUCUGAAGGAUUGCUACAGGCUGCAAGAAAUUCCAGCAGAUUUUGGGGAAAUUUGUACUUUAGAAUCAAUUGAGUUACAUGAUUGCAGCGCUACCGCGGAGGAUUCUGCCAGAAAUAUUGAACAAGAACAAGAGGACAUGGGAAAUAAUUUUCCUAAGGUUUACAUCCAUAACAGUCGCCGGAAAUUGGAACUUAUUUUAAGGGACCAUCUAAUGAUCUAAUAAUGCUAUCUGAUGUACUGUAAUAUCUACUUUGUUUUUAUGUGAUAGUUCGUAAUGGAUAAGGUUUCAAGCUAUUAUGUAUAAGAAUCGAUGGUUUCACACUUUGAAAAAUAUCAUGAACAAGUGGUUGUUUCCUUAAGCUAAAUUGCUCAAAGACCCAUUCUUUCUGGGAAUAGACACACUUCAGUUUGAUUCA